UGCCGAAUGGCGAAACCAACGCUUCUUCUUCACCCGCAAUUCUUCCACACUCUUGUUCCUGGCUUCAACACUCACCUCACGAUUCCCUUAGAGUUCUUCUCCAAGUAUAUCGAAGGAAAGACCAGUGUGGAGAAGACGACGGCUGAGCUGAAAUCUGACUCGUCGGACAUAACCUGGAAAGUGAAGAUGACUGGUCGGAGACUCAGUGACGGCUGGGAAGAGUUCGCCGUCGCUAACAAUUUUCGAACCGGCGAUGUUGUCGUUGUUAGAUAUGAAGGAGAUAUGGUCUUCCAUGUUUCGGAUUUAGGAUCCAGUUGCUGUGAGAUUCAAGACAUUCCGCCUUUGAGCAACAACAGUUAUGGUCAGGACGACAUUGGUAAAAAUUUGUUGAAAAAGCGUCUGCACCCAAGAACACAAGUGGUCUUUUCAUCAAACGAUGUUGAUGAUGAGGAUAACUUAGAGAUUCCCGUAAAGAAGAAAGCGAAGAAGAACAGUCCAGAGGCAGAAGAAGUUUCUUCUUCCUCAUCAGACGACUCAUGUUUUGUGGCCAUGGUCACGCCUUCGAGCCUACGCACAGAUAAACUGUAUCUUCCACAAUAUGUCACAAACUCAAGUGGUAUUACAAGAAAAUGCCGCAAGAUUGUUUUAACAGAUGGAGAGGAAAGAUCAUGGGCAUUGGAUCUGAGGUUCAGCAAGUCAUCUGAUAGUUUUUACAUUAGCCGAGGUUGGAGAAAAUUCUGUGAGGAAAACGGUCGAGAAGCAGAAUCCUUCUUUAUGUUUAAACUAGUGAGAAAUGGGGAAACGCCUGUGCUCGGUUUCUGCCCUUCAGAAUCUUGUAAUGAUAAAAGGCAAAGAAACUGUUCAGAAGCUAGCGGGAGAGAAUCUUUUUCCACAGAAAUUAGCAGCGGGGAAGAGAACAUAGAAGGGGAGAGCAGUGAAGACGAUUGCAGCUCAAUGGAGUCACUCAUGGAGACAAAAGAGAAGAAGUGUAGCCUGAAACGAAGAAUUUUGUCAUGUUCAUCAUAUUCACCACGUUAUAAGCGUUUCGUAACAUUUACACUUCCACCUGAUUAUGACAGAAUUCGUAGAUUGUGUCUUCCAAGGUCGUUCCUGAGGGAGAAUGGCAUCAAUAAGACUGGGGAGAUAUAUCUCUUAGGUAAAGAUGGUAAAAAGUGGCUGACAAACCUUCAACGGGACAAGAACGGAACAAUGAAAAUGGAAAUGGGUUUGAAAGAUUUUGUAAAAGCAAACGGCUUAAAGAUGAGCGAGUCCUUCACACUGGAGUUGAUUUGGGAAGACACAACUCCUAUGCUUAGCUUGUGCCCUGCAGAAUGUAGCAUUGACAGAGGAGCAGGAGGAGAGUGUUCAGAAACAGACCAGGAAAACUCUCUUUCCAUAGAACCUAGCAGCUAUGAGAAAAUAAGCAAAGACGAGAACAGUAAAGAGAAAAACAAGAAAGAAGAAAAUAGGAAAGUGAAUACCAUGUCUAUGUUCCAUGCAAAGUCUAGCUGUUCAAAACCUAACGAGAAAGAGUCGGUUUCCACGAAACCUAGAAGCAGAGAUUCAUCCUCAGCAAUCCAAAACCGAUUCGCGGAAUUAACACUCACACCUGAAGAUGUCAGAGCAUGUAAAUUGCAUCUUCCAAGGCAGUUCAUGAAGGCUAAUGGCAUCGGCAAGCUUGGGAAGAUAACUAUGUUGGGUAAAGAAGGAACGAAGUGUUCGGCUUUUCUUUUGUCAAGAGAUGGAUUCGUGGCUUUGGGAAUUGAUUGGAAAUGGUUUUGUGAGGCUAAUGGCGUUAGAACAGGAGAGUCCUUCACUUUGGAGUUCAUUUCUGAACAAACCAAAACAACUUAUGUACUUAAGUUUUGUUCUCGGGAGACUAAUAAAUACAAAAUUUGUUAA